AUGUCGUCCCCGCCGUACAACGCCUUGACCCUUUACACGGCCGGCACGCCCAAUGGGUUAAAACCCGCCCUGGUCCUGGAAGAACUCGGUCUCAAGUACGAUGUCAAAGCCAUUAACAUCAUGAACAAUGAGCAGAAACAGGACUGGUUUCUGGAGAUCAACCCCAACGGCCGUAUCCCGGCACUCAAGGAUGGCGAUUUGCGCGUGUUUGAGAGUGGAGCGAUCAUGCUCUAUCUGACAGACAUGUACGACAAAGAGAAGAAGUUCACAUACGAGUACGGGACUGCGCUGUACUACGAGAUGAUGAGCUGGUUGAUGUUCCAGAUGGGCGGCAUUGGUCCCAUGCAAGGACAAGCGAAUCACUUCCGCGCCUUUGCCCCGGUCUAUUCGGCCUAUGGCAUCAAACGCUACCUCGACGAAACCAAGCGUCUUUACGGCGUGCUGGAGAUCCGUCUAUCCAAGGCAGACUGGCUGGCCGGUGACAAGUACACCAUUGCAGACAUGGCGAAUUACUCCUGGACACGUGCGGGACCCUUGUUCUUGGACAUCGACAUGGGCGAGUUUCCGGGCGUCGCAAAGUGGCUGAAGCGGAUCGAGGAGAGGCCAGCUGUACAAAGAGCGAGGAAGGUUCCCGAGUCGAGUCGCAGUGAAGAGGAGAUGGUCAAGAUGGUUCAAGCCGCCAAGGAGAGGGUCGACGCUUUGAAGGGGACAGCCAAGGACGAGCCUUCGAAGAUAUAG